UUUAAGGGUCUGCUUAAUACAGAAGUUUAGGUGGGAAUUACUUUAAUGAGCAAGUUGGUUCAAAAAACAAGUUGACAAGACUUGAUAUGAAUGAUUUAGCAGAUGAGAGGCUGCAUUUAUUCUUGCUGAAAAAGAAUAAAACUGAAAAGCCCUUAUUGUCCUCGUCAUACUUUUAUCAAUCCAACUGAGGAAAAAAAAAGAACAGUCCAAAUUAGCUAGAGUUGUCUUUAUUAUCAUGCGGAGGAAAAAAGGUAAAGUGAAACCAAAAUUUAUUUUCACUAUAACACAAAGAUCAUAUUCAGAACUAUUUUCUUUUUAAUUCACUCACAGACGGUACUUUUCUAUAAAGUUUGAUUAAUGCAUUUUAAUAGUAGAAGAAGAAGAGACCAUACCUAAUACCUACUACUCUCAAAUGCACAACACACCACAGGACAAAAAAAUCUUUCUCUCAUAUUAAUUACAUGGUACCAUUAUAUAUCUAUACUCUCUUUAACCCAUUACCAAUUCAAGAUCUUGUCUUUUUUUUUCUUCUUAAAAACAAGAUCCAAAUUUCUGAAAAAUCCAUUCACUACAAAGAAAGAAAUGCUGUCUACAACUCUUAGUGGUAACUAUGGCUUCCCUCUGUGCAUCUCUGGGAUCACUCAGCAAUUAAGUCUGUCCAAAGAAAUGGCAGAUCAUGACAAGAGAAGGAAGGUGAUACAGAGGAGAAGGAGAUCAGAAGGUAAACAUGAGUACAAGAGCCAUGGUGAAGAAGAUGUGGAGAGGCUUCAAGAGAAUGAAGAUGUUAGAGAUCUAGUUGCUUUACUACAAGAUCUAGGCUUGUGGAGCUUUUCUUCUCACACAGCCAAAGCUGCUUAGUGUUUUUACUUUUAUUACAAGAUGUUGUAGGUUUGUGGAGCUUUUCUUCCCCACACAGCAAAAGCUGCUGCUUAGUGUUUAAGAAAUCCAAAAGCCUUUUCAUUAUUAGAUCUCACUGAGUUUAUGUUUCUUGUAGAACUGCAGAUCACAGAAUCUUUAGCUGGAAAGCAUUUUAAGUUAUUCGGGAUGUUUUUCAUUGUUGUUGUUGACACGUUUAUUUGUCGUUGGUGAGAUGUUUUUACUGCAUCUUUUGGCCUUAUCCAUUUCUUUUGGUUUUUAGUUCUCAGCAUUUUUUAUUGAUAAAUUACUAUUUCUGUUUGUUGAUUGAGAACCUAAGUCUUUUUAAAAAGUUCGUAUGAAGUAAUUGUCAGAAAACACUAAGCACAAGUUAA